AUGAACUCACCAAGAGUACCUCCUCCUAUGCCUCCUGGUGCUACUGGACCGGCUUCUAUGACUCCUGGUGCUACUGGACCGGCUUUGAACCAUGCUGCUUCCUCUUCUCGUUCCAAUAGCUACCCGCAGAUGAGUCUCAAUGCAAUGCUCAAUUCACCUGCUAGGCUAGCACAGCCUCAUCUCCAUCCAGAUAAAAUCAAUGGAGCUUUAUGGUUUGGUAUUGACCCAUGUGUCAACUCUUUCAUUCGGGCAACUUGGCAAGCAUACUACAUGGGGCCUUGGAAGAGUUGGAGGAAGGUUCCUGAUGAAAGGAGGGAAUCAUGGUGGCAAACGUUUGUGAAAGAAACGUGGACAACCAUUGCUGAAAGGAUAAGCAAGAAGAAGAGGCAACAGAAGAAGCCAAAGUACAUCAAUGAAUCUGACUGGACUCUCCGGUUGGAGCAUUGGGCGACCGAUGCAGCUAAAAAGAAGAGCAAGAAGGCUGCAAAAUCUCGCAAGUCUGAUCCUAUGGUGGCUUCUGGUACUAAUGAGAGGCCAUCAUUCACUGACCUAGUCAGGGCGACACACACCAGACCAGAUGGGACUUUUGUGAACUCCCGUGCUGAAGAGCUGGUUACUCAAGCCGAGCUGGAAGCCACACAGCUCUCUAACACUGACGGAUCACCCAGGAGUCCAAGUGCAUCAUCUACUCCUUCUCGCCUCAAGAUAAACAAAGCUUAUCUAAAGAACUACUUAAGAAUGUGGUUGGUUAUUUGCAAGACUUAUGCUCAGCCCCAAGCCCCAACUCCUCAGCCUUAA